AUGUAUAGAAGUUUUUCUCAUACUAUAACGUUACGCAGAAGUCGACAGGAAAUAAUUGCUGAUGCUGAAACUCCUCAUUUUAAGAAAAAGAUCAAAAUACCUCGGCCAAGCAGCAAGGAGAGAUCUAGACGCCAGAUUGUGAGUUUUUGUAAAGAAUAUGAAAAAACGUUUAGAGAACCGAUUCAAGUGCAGUUUGGAGGGAAAAAAAGCUUGCCAGAAUCUUAUAGUGUUUAUAAUGUGCCAUUAGUAAUUGAAUCUUACUAUGAUCAAAAUGAAAUUCCUCAUCGCAGCUCUAGAAUGAAGCUUGAAGAACUGCAAAAAAAUUCUUUUAUAAAUGCAAAAGUUGAAGCCCCACAGUGGAGAAAACUAGACCAAACUCAAGCAUAA